AUGGCGCUUACAAGAGACCAGAUUUUCUCGAUUAUCGGCCUUGUGGGCUCAAUCAUCACGGUCUUGGGACUUGUCAAGUGGCUCUGGAAGAAACUCUUCGCAGGGCCUCCUCAACCUCCCCAAGAGGGCAUGGGACGGCAGGUCCUCCGUUUGGCGGCUAUUGCCGUCAAAGGAGGGAUCAAGGCUGUCCGCGAUGCCCGGAGGAACGAAACCCCUGCGGAGCCUGAGCAUGUGGAUGUGGAGGCUGUGGGUGAGGUGGCUUCGCAGUCGCAGGACCCGCGGCCAGGGUCAGGCGAGGUGUGA